GGGGGAGUGUGUGUGAUGCUACAACCUCCUUAUAAAGGGACUCUCUCUCACGUUGUGGCUUGGAAAUUGGAGCACAUUGCCUAAAAUUGAGGUCUCCACACACACACACUCAGAGUCACCGAUAGUCGCUGCCAUGGACCGGAUGAACGUUGAGGAGACGCUCCGCAGGGCCGAGACGCCUCUCUUCUGGGUCGGUGCGUUCACUGUGGCCUCCCUGGCGCUGUGGCUGCUCUACAGGCUGUUCUCAGGCUUUAGGAUCUGGGUCUUGGGAAACGGGCGGCUGCUUUCUCCGAAGCUGGGCAAAUGGGCAGUUGUGACGGGAGCCACAGAUGGAAUCGGGAAAUCCUAUGCGGAGGAGCUGGCUCGUCGAGGUUUCGCCAUGCUGUUGAUCAGUCGCUCCCAGGAAAAGCUGGAUGACGUGGCCAGGUCACUUGAGGAUCAGUUUAAAGUGGAGACCAAGACCAUUGCAGUUGACUUUGGCAAGACCGACAUCUACUCAAAGAUCGAGGAGGGGCUGGCUGGUCUGGAGAUCGGUGUACUUGUCAACAAUGUUGGGGUGUCCUACUCCUAUCCUGAGUACUACCUCCAUAUUCCUGAUCUGGACAACUUCAUCACAAACAUGAUCAAUGUCAACAUGACCUCAGUGUGCCAAAUGACCCGCCUGGUGCUGCCCAGAAUGGUUGCAAGGUCCAAAGGUAUUAUCCUCAACAUCUCUUCUGCCAGUGGCAUGUAUCCCCUCCCUCUGCUUACAGUCUAUUCUUCCACAAAGGCCUUUGUGGAUUUCUUCUCUCGUGGCCUUCAGGAGGAGUACAGGCGUCAGGGCAUCAUCAUUCAGAGUGUGCUGCCCUUCUUUGUGGCCACAAAAAUGACUCGUAUCAGGAAGCCCACCCUGGACAAACCCACCCCUGAGCGCUAUGUGGCCGCUGAGCUCAGCACUGUGGGUCUGCAGAGCCAAACCAAUGGCUAUUUCCCCCACGCUGUCAUGGGUUGGGUGACCACCAAGCUGGUGCCAAUCAGUAUCGUGAUCUUCCUGGGAGCCACAAUGAACCGCGUUCAGCGUUCCGGAUACCUGCACAGGAGGAAGCUGCGGGAGCAGAAGAAUGGAACAAACUUGAAGAGCGACUAAGAAAACCGAAUCUUCGGGCAGCCUCUGUUCUGACCCUGUGGAGAGUUUUGGGGAAAAGAGAUUGUGUUUGUAUCUGUGCGAUUGAUCCUCUGGGGUAGCCUGAGAUUUCACCUUUGUGCCUUCAGUAAAUGUGCACAUCAAAGCAUGUAUAUGCCUUUUGUGUUUAAAAUGGAAACCUAUGUCCUGAUGUGAUGUCUGCAGGGAAAUGAGCAAAGAAGACAGGAGCUGAAUAACAUGAUAAUAAAAUGCUGCUCUUGGCAAAGGACAUUAAUACUUUUUGUUACUGACACUGAUGGUGGAAAUAAUACAGCCAAAAAAAAAAGCGAUUUGUUAACCCUGCUGUUGUAAGCAGUGGAAACGGUGGUGGGCAUCUUUUUUUAUAUAUUUGUAUAAUUAUUUAUUUUAUAUUUGUAUGAACACAUGAACCAAACUCAGAACUUUUCAAUGAGCGUUAAACCUCUUUACAAAUCACAGAGCCAUUUAAAGAUGGCAAUCUCUGCUUCCUAUCAUGUCAGUUUAUGUGCAUUACUGAGCUGUUAUCAUCAUGCAUUGGUUCUCCUUUUUCUAGAAUGUGUGUUUACAGUAUAUUUAAAAAUGAUACUAUGUGAUGGGUUGUUGCACCAAUGUCUCACUUUGUCGCUCUAAACCAAAGUUGUUGUUUUUUUUCUUUUUUUUUUUUUUUUUUUUCCUAGUUAUCACACACUGUCGCGUUAAACACAAGUGCCUUAAUGCUAGAACUGGUCAAAUUCAUUGAUUGGGUUAAAAGUGUACUAUGAAAGGAUGUAAUAUCGGUGCUAUGUUCAAACUAUUUUUCUGCCUUUUGUAUCAAAAUGUAAAUUAACAAAGGAAAACCUCUUAACCUCUGCACGUUUGGUUCGUCCAAGGUUUUCACAGGGAUAUUUUCCAUUGUUAGUUGUGGUUUCACAAACUUCCAAAUGUUUGCUGCAAAACAUGAGAACUGCUCCUCUUUACAGUUUGUACACCAUUGAGUAACCCCAGAUGACUUGGUCUGACAUGUGCCUUAAUUAAGCUGCCUUGUGAAUGCUUUUCUUCUGUAAAGAGUCUUUUUAAUAUGCUUGGAAAUCAAAAAUUGAAUUUCUAUAUGUAUAUGCACUGUUUACAUUUAUUCUUGAAACUCAUGUUUUUUUUAAUGGUUUGUUAAUAAAAGCUCUGGCAUACAGCA